AUGGCGUCUAAUAUUCUCCAGCUCCCGUUCCGGCGCUCUCACACCGUCUCGCUGUCCGAUGCAAUCACCCAAUACAUUUCUUCCAAAUAUGAUCAGCGCCCGGAUAUGUUCGCGGAGGAUCUGAUGAUCAUUGAUCGUCUAAGAUCUGAGGCUAUCAAUGUCCAGGAACCGCAUUUUAGCGGGGUCACUCGCUUGGUUACAUAUGCGGCACAGCUGAAAUGGUUGGGUGGGAAGUUUCCAAUCGAUGUUGGAGUGGAAUUCUCCUGGUAUCCUGCGUUUGGCUUUAAUGCUUCGCGGCCAAUCUUGCAGAAUAACCUCCGUUUCGAAUUAGCGAAUAUCAUAUUCAACCUCGCUGCCUUAUACUCGCAACUUGCGUAUGCGACCAACCGUACUACGUCAGAUGGACUCAAGCAGGCGUGUAACUACCUCUGCUCAGCCGCUGGAGUAUUGAGUCAUCUGCGAACCGAUAUCAUCCCGGACCUGCGCGCCUCGCCGCCGGAGGACAUGGACGACGCGACACUGCAGAGCUUGGAAAUGCUGCUGCUUGGACAAGGCCAAGAAUGCUUCUGGCAGAAGGCCGUCAAAGAUGGACUUAAAGACGUUUCUAUCGCAAAGCUGGCUGCCAAGGUAUCUGACUUUUAUGGGGAUGCAGGUGACUUGGCCGUGAAGUCUAAUGCGAUCAGCACCGACUGGAUCCAUCAUAUGACUGCAAAGCACCAUCACUUUGCGGCAGCGGCGCAGUUCCGACAGUCGCUUGACUGUUUGGAGAAGCGGAAGUAUGGAGAGGAGGUUGCGCGGCUGCGUGAUAGUUUGCUUUGCGUCAAUGAAGGUCUGAAAGAACAGCGCUGGAUUAACCGCACUGUUCUCGGCGACUUAAAUGGACUGAAGAGCCGUGUUGCAGAGGACUUGAAGCGUGCCGAGAAGGAUAAUGAUGUUAUCUAUCUGAGCCCCGUGCCGCCGAAAUCAGAACUUAAGACGAUUGAACGUGCUAGCAUGGUGCUUGCGAGAGCGCCUUCCCAAGUCACGGAUGCUGUGUCUAUGCUCGGCGAUAACGGUCCACUGGGCCAGCCGCUGUUUUCGAAAUUGGUACCGUAUGCGGUUCACAUUGCGGCUAGCAUUUAUACCGACCGUCGUGACCGACUGGUCAAUGAAACUCUCAUCGGAGAGUUGGAGUCGAUGACGGACAAGCUACGGGACUUACUUUCGUCGCUAAAUCUACCAGGAUCCCUUCAAGCCCUCGAAAAACCACUCGGUCUCCCGCCAACGCUCGUUUCACAUGCCGAGGAAAUGCGACAACAGGAUGGCUUGAACCGGUUACACCGGUGUAUUGAAGACACCGCCAAAGUCAAAGGUAAUGACAUGGCCGUUUACAACGAAGGUGUCGAGCUCCUAGCGGCCGAGAAAGCAGAAGACCUCGCCGCUCGUAAUAAAUACGGCACCGAUCGCUGGACCCGCGAAACAUCGGAAUCAGCUGCGCCUAAGCUGUACAAAACCUUGAAUGAGAUCAGCGGCUAUUUCACUUCUGCCCAGAGCAGCGACGAUCUCGUACAGCGUAAGCUGCGAGAUUUUCGAUCGAUCUUCCUCGUUCUUACCGGCACAAAUCGGGAUUUGGAAUCUUAUGUGCCCAGUAGUCGGAGGGCUGCUAUUCCGGUCGAGGUUGAACGCGAGUCAAAUCGACUGCGCGGCUGCUUGAGUGAAGUGACGCGAAUGGAGAACCGCCGACGGCGACGCAUCCAGACGCUGAAGGAUAAAGCUCGCGGGGACGAUAUCCACCCGGCGCUUCUGAGACAGACCGCUCGGCUUGAACGAGAAUUCCCAAUGCAGGCCAUUCAGGCCAGUCAGUUUGAGGAAUUAUUCGAAGAGGAGCUCAAGCUGUAUGAUACCGACCGCGAGAUGCUUGCUCAAGAGCGCAGAGAUCAGGACCAUCUUUCGGACCAGGUCCGAGAAGCAAAUCGCGCUUUCACUGGUGCUCGUACGGGCGAUGCGUCCACAAAGGAACGCGAGACUGCCCUGCAAGAUUUAGAAAAUGGAUACUUGAAGUAUAAGGAGAUUAUCUCCAACAUCGAUGUUGGGAGAAAGUUCUACAAUGAUCUUGCGAAGAUCGUCGGCCGCUUUCGUGAUGACGCAAAAUCAUUUGUUCACCAGCGUCGCAUGGAGGCCAGCCAACUGGAAACAGAUAUCUCUAACGCCGCAGCAAUGGCCUCAUUACACAUCUCCCAACCUCAUCUCCGCCAACAGCCUCAACAACCAGCUCGUACACACCACUCACCAUCCCCCUACUCGGCUGCUCCCCCCUCACAGCCACCCACACAACCUCUGCCGCCCAUCCACGCCCCACGGCCAGUCGAGACUGCACCCCCUCUCACAGCACCGCAACCAGUGCGCGCGCCUGUCGCCCCGCCGCCGGUCUCCCCGUCAGCAAUGCCGGGCGGCAUGCCAGGCAUGUGGGCCCCUGAAAUGGGGAUUCGGUUCGGCGCCGCUGCUAUCCCUCCAGGCGCUGCACCCGCUGCGCCCACUGCACCCGCACCGGCGCCGAAUCAGCCCACUCGUGCUCCCCAGCACGGCACCUGGGAUCCUAGCCAGGGACUGCGUUUCUCCUGA